CGCCCUGAUCCGCAUCGAAAACAACCGCACAGCUGUACAUGACAAAGCCUCAAACCUGAUUCAAGAUGUGUGUGUGUGUCAACCAGUCAAAACCACUGCAUACAGGAAAGCACUGGACUACAGUACUGGAGCUGCUGGGCUUUACAGUGUCCACUUUGCAACACAAAUAUUUGAACAGUGAAAAAGGAAUGGUGACCUGCCUGGAUAUUUUAAAGUUAUGGGAGACCCUACAGCAGAAGAGGACAUAAGAGGACACGAAGACCGCAUCACUCUCUGUCCCAAUGAUACAGAAACCACCAUUGGAUCAAACCUUUCUGUUUCUCCCAAGAACCAGAACAAGUUGAUGAUGAGAGGAAGUAUGGAUUGCCCAGUGGAAAAACAACACAAUAUAAAUAACAAACCAGAAGAGAAAUCGAAGAACACAACCAUAAGGUUCUGCUUAGACAGCAGUGCAUCAGGUAAUAGUGCUCCAGGGCCCAGUCCUGCCUUUCUGGCUGCACUGACAUCUCUGAGUGAACACCCAGAUCACAUGCUCUUACCUCAAUCAUUACAUCAGAUAGCAGAAGCUUAUUUUCUUGAAGAGGACUAUCAGUGGGCAGUCCAGUUCCUGCAGUUGGAGAUUCUUUAUCACGAGAGACUGCUUUCCAACUUGGCCUCCAUGCACAAGGACUGGGAAUCCCACUGGAAGACUCUCACUCGAGGAAAUAAAUGCCCUGUGAAGAUCCACUGUACUGAGAUCGAGACAAAGUGCAUGAACUCCCUGAAUCACAUCUGCAGAACACACCAAAGGCCUAACCGCAGUGUGGUGGAAAAGGUGACCAAGGAGAGCAUUACAGUUCAGCAGAUGAAUACUGGACGUUCUUCUAAAAUGUAUGAGUGGACAGAGCAGCCGCAGAGUGACCCUGAAGAGGAAACUGAGGAUGAAGAUGAGGAUAGAGAGGAGGCUGAACGUUUGAUGGUGCAGGAGGAGGUGGAGAGAAGACAGAAGUUAUUUGGGGAUGAAUCGACUGAGCUCAUUGAAGUUGAGGAGACCUUUCCCUCUAACGGCCUCAUCUCCAUCUUGAAGAAGAGAGAGGAGUCCAGUCCUGUCAGUCUGUCUCCACACAGAAACUCCUCCAAAUUCAAAGUCCGCUUCUGUGACUCAGACGCCUUACUGGAUAACGAUGAUCUGGGUGAAGACUCCUGUUUGUUCUUCCUUGUCCUGUGCCUGGUAACGGUGGUCAUCAGCAUGGGCAGUACCAUGCUCUACUGCUUCCUGGGAGGGGCUUAUUCAAGUAUUUGUGCUGAUUUCUCACACAACAUGGACUUUUUCUUUGGAUUUGUACGCAGAGCUGUGGACUCUCUUACACACUGGUUCAUUCCUGCCUCAUCAUAGCCCUGUUCCGCUUGUAACACACUCCUGGUUUACCUUCAACUGAUCUGUUUGCCUCGUCAAAGAAAGGAUAACUCUUUACCUGGUGAAGACAACAGGACAACUGCAUUCAUGUGUAAAAGCAGGUCGGAGAUAACGUCAGUGACUGGAGGUUCCACUAUACACAGAUUGUAUAGAAUUCACAUUAUUUUAACUACUCUGUCUGAGUUACUAAUAAUUCUGUGAAUUCUAUUUUAUUCUUAAUUAAAUAACAUUUCUUAGUAAUAUAUCGCCUAUAACUUUUUUAGCGCACAACUUAUUUGCAGAAUUUGCCUGCCCAUAAAUCUCAACCUUGUUUUUUAUUUCUAUUAUGUCAGACUAUAUUGUACGCUCACAAUAUUUUAUUACUCACACCGGAAAAUUUCACUGUACUAAAUAACAUCUAUUUUAUUUUACCAGCAGCACAGGUCCAGAUGAAAAACAUCUGGGUCAUUUUGUGCUCUGAAUUUACUGUUAAGAAAAUCUGUUGAUAAUUUGUACAAAAUUAUGGCUAGACUUUUUUUUUAUGAUAAACACUGAAACACGUCUUUGUCUUUCCUGCAUUCUGGACUUUAUUGUUAGCUAUUAAACAACAUCUUUUAAAGGUUUUAUUAAGUGUGACCUCAUUCACACAGAAAAAGAUAAGUGGAUAAUAAUAGAAAUACAGACAUACCUAAAAUUAUUAGCACCUAUAACAAUCAUAUUCAUAUAUAUAUAUAUAUAUAUUUAUAAUAAACCAUAUAAAGGUUCAUCACAUACUGUACCAUGGAAACCCAAAGACAAUGUCAUGUAAUCUUUAGGUUAGUGAUCAUUUACUCUAAAGCAUUCAUAUAAUUUUUUAUAAAAACUUUAUUAAAAAGGCUUAAAGUGCUUCCCGCGAAGUCACAUGAAAAAGCGCUUCCAUGAACAUGUUAAAGUAUAAUCAUUAAUCAGUUUUUCACUUAUUAUUGAACUAUAUGUGUGUCAAUUCCAUGUAUGAAUCUUUGUGUGUAUGGAUGAUGUGAUGAUGUGUUUAACUCUACACAGUUACAGUAUGUUUCUCCCAAAUGUGAUUUGUGAUUUUUUUUUUUUGACAAAUGUUUGUCAUAGCUGUGGUCUUGCCUGUUUAAAUUAAGCUGGUUGGAGAAACUGAGCCACUAGUGGGCAGUCUGACAUAGAACCUUCAUAAUGUAUCAGUGUGAUGAAGAAGAAUUCAGUGUAUGAGAACAUGAGUGAACACGCAUCGCUGUCCUUGUGUCUGAUUAAUAAAGUUAUAUAACAGCUUUCUGCAGCU